AUGACAUCUUUCCGCCCAUUCACAUCCUUCGACCUCCUCAAAUACAACCUCGUCAACACCGACGUGUUAACAGAAACCUACGGCUUAUCUUUUUACCUCUCUUAUUUAGCAAACUGGCCGGAAUAUUUCGUCUGCGCGGAGACUUUGAAUCGUGAAAUCAGCGGGUACGUCAUGGGAAAAUCCGAAGGAAAAUCAAAUCUCUUCCACGGACACGUCACCGCGAUUACUGUCGCCCCUUCGUACAGGAGACAAAAAUUGGCGAAUAAAUUGAUGGAAACUUUAGAAGUAGUCACCGAAACGUUCCACUCGGAGGCGUAUUUUAUAGAUUUGUUCGUGAGAGAGAGCAACGAAAAUGCGAUUCAAAUGUACCGGAAAAUGGGCUACGCGGCGUAUCGAAGAGUCCUCGGAUAUUACGCCGGACCAUCGACGUCAUCGAAUACUGACGAUAUAAACGACGAAACGAAGAACAAAGGGAAUAAAAAAGGACCAAUUUUAGGGGAGGACGCGUUAGACAUGCGGAAAAGUACGAAACGAGAUGUGCAAAAAGUGAGCGUCGUUCCCGCUCGGAGGUUCGAGCAACAUCCGUGGGAGAUCGAAUGGCACUGA